AUGCAGUCCGCCGCGCGCUCGUGGGCCCCAGUGCCGUGCAACAACCCGUCGGCCGCGCCUCGUCACCGGUCGCUGCACGCCUGUGCUGCGUGCAACGACUCGUUUUACGUCUUUGGAGGCUACGACGGAUCGAACCGCACGAACGACUUUUACGAGUUCAACUUCAAGCGCAAACUCUGGUCCGUCGUGCUCGCGAUCGGUUCUGCGCCGAGUCCACGCGACCGUCACGUGGCAGUGGUCUACAAGAACUCGUUUUUCGUCUUUGCGGGCUUUGACGGCAGCUCGCGCAUCAAUGACUUUGUCGAGUACAACUUUGCCACGCAACGAUGGAGCAAUGUUGUAGUAAGUGCCGGAUUGCCGCCGACGGCGCGGCACAGUCAUGCUGCUGUCGUGUACGACGAGUCUAUGUACUGUUUCGGGGGUUACGACGGCAACUACCGAAACGACUUCCACGAGUUUAACUUUGAACUAAACGCCUGGUCGCCUGUUCUCUCAACAGGGCUUAUCCCUCGACCUCGAUAUCGGUCAUCGCUAGUGGUGCAUAACAACCAGUGUGUACUGUUUGGCGGCCACGACGGGUCCCAUCACCUUGACGAUAUUCACGUGUUCGACUUUGAUACGCGCGUCUGGUCAUGGCUGACAACGGAGGGGCCAGCACCCGCUGCUCGUGAUAGUCAUGUUGCUGGUGUAUACUCGAAUGCCAUGUACGUCUUUGGCGGCAGCACGGGCACUGCAGUGAGCGACUUUUACGAGCUCGAUUUGGAGUCGAAUACUUGGCGACCAAUGCAGUUCAAUGGCCAGCCGCCAGCACAGCGUUUUUGCCACGUUGGUGCUGUUUAUGACUCCAGCCUUAUCGUCUUCGGUGGCUACGAUGGAAGUAGGCGGCUGAAUGACUUCCAGCAGUUCCGCUUCAAAGAGGAGCAGUUUCAGCUGGAUAUUCCUGAGAGCACGCUCAUCAAUGAUCUAAGACUGUUGGUGAACAACGAUAUCAUGAGUGACGUGACGUUCAUCGUGGAGGGGAUUCCCGUUUACGGGCACAAGAUUCUGUGCAUCCGCUGCAGCUACUUCAAUGCAAUGCUUACAGGAGAGAUGUUGGAAAGCCGUGCUCGCGAGAUUCCGAUCACCGAAGUGCGUCGACCGAUUUUUAUUAUGUUGAUGGAGUACCUGUACACAGAUCAUCUCGAUGUAGCCGUGGAUGUUGCAAUGGAGCUGUUUGCCACCGCGGAUCGAUACGGUGUUGAGCGAUUGAAGCGCAUUUGCGAAAGUAAAAUACUCGAGUCGUUGUGCACUAAGAACGCUGCUAGCAUCUUUCAUGCUGCAGACCUGCACAAUGCCACGUUGCUGCGAGAGCAGUCCAUCACCUUUAUUCUCAACAACUUCGACGCGGUGACGAAAACCGACGCCUUUGAAGAAAUGGGUCGAACCAACAUUGAAUUGGUCUUCGAACUAUUGAAGCGGCGCUAA